AUGGGUUUCGGCGAAAAUGCCAGUUUUGGAGCUGUUCCCGCAUUCGGCGGGUAUCGCGGAGGAAGUGGAGGAUUUCAAGGUCAUCAGUCUAAUGGUCCCGAUCGACGAAGUCCAAGAGGACGAGGAGGUGGAGGAAAUUUUUCUGAUCGUAGAGAAAAUCGAAGACAGGUAGAAGAUUGGGAUUCUGAAAUCGAACAAAGGAAUUUUCCAUCACACGGUCGCUUUGAUGAUUCGCCACAGUUUUCUGAUCCUGGUAAACCUCGAGAAUUUGAUGGAGAAUCCGGAGGCCAGAAGUUUGGAGAUUCCCGUUCCGGAGGAUUUGGUGGUCCUAGAAGAAAUAAUGAUUCGAGGCCAGGUGAAAACUUCAACCAAUACAGGAACAGUAAUCGCGGAGGCGGUUUUGCUGGAAGAUACCAAUGUGAGGACGAUGGAAGAGCGUUCAAAUCCUCUGGACGAGGACUGUAUAGUGAUGAGGAUCCACCUACUAGGGAUAGGCGUGCAGGUUUCGAAAAUGAUGAAGACCAAGGCCGCCCAUCGAAUCGUCGAAGCAACGAUUUCGAGAGAAACGAACGUGAUGGUGGCAGAGAGAAUUGGGACAUGGGAGAACGCAAAUUCAAUGAUCGCAGCCGCUUUUCCGCCAAUGAUGAUCGUAACGAUGGCCGAGACAAGAACAGAGGUUUUGGCAAUAAUGCAGAUGGAUAUCGACAGGAAUAUCGUAGGCGUGAUGGAUUCGCACCGUCCAGAGGCAAUUUUGAGAAUAACGGAUAUGACGACAGAGAACCUACGGGAAAAUUCGGUGGUUACAAAGGAGAUGGCCCGAGAAGCGGUGGUCCCGACGACAACAGAGGGCGAUAUCAGUCAAGGCCCUUUGAUAGUCGCAAUGAUGAUUUUGUUAAAAGUGGCUAUGGUCGUGAGAGAGGUAAUGACCAGAGGCGCAUCUUCGAAAACAGAAGCGGCGGUUUUGCGCGAAAUAAUCAGGACGGUGAUGAUCGCCGUUUUGAUAAUCGUUUCAACGAGAAUGAAGGUGGCUAUGGCGGUGGAGGACGAAGUUCUCCCUACAGUCGAAGAGGCUAUGGAGAUCGCAACGACUCUGGUCCACCAGGAAGAGCUCUUGGGAAAACAGCGGCUUACACCCAGAUUUGAUCAGGAUUUGCAUGGACAAAUGUCAUUACCGAUAUGUUCGACCUAUUCAAGCAGCAGCCAUUCCUUUGAUUCUAAGUGGUCGUGACGUCGUGGGACUUGCUGAAACAGGUGGAGGUAAAACGGCCGCUUUUGUUCUCCCGAUUCUUCAUCAGAUUCUGAAAAUGGGUAGCGAGACUUUGUCAUCACUGAAGAGUGGUGAAAUCUUAGCACUCGUUGUAGCCCCAACGCGUGAACUUGCCAGGCAGCUGUAUGAUUCUUUCCGAAAACACUCUUACGAGACUGAGGUUAAAUGUUGUGUCGCGUAUGGUGAAAUUCCUCGAUGGAAAAACCUUGCCGAUAUCCACGGAGGUUGCCACGUCCUUGUUGGAACUAGUGGACGCCUCAUGGAUUUCGUUCAAAAAUCAGAUAUAAAUGUGAGGAGCGUUCGAUUUUUGGUCUUGGACGAAGCUGACAUGCUACUAGAAGAUGGGCGAGAGAACCAUCUCAAUUCAAUUCUGUCAAACGAGAAGUUACCUAAGCCCGAUUCUCGUCAGACACUUUUGUUCAGCGCUACUUUUCCUGCUGAUGUUCAAAAAUUCGCAGGGCAGGUGCUCAAACAGAAAUAUGUGAUGAUUCGAAGCAGCCAACGUGGGAAGGCCAAUGUGCGCGUGAAGCAGAAAUUCGUGAAGACGGAAGGAACAGCCGAGAAGAACGACACUCUUUUUGAUAUUUUGGAAUCAGAACGUGACAAGCUAACCGAUGAUGGUUCUCCGACGAGAACACUGGUCUUCGUAGGAACAAAGAAACAAGCCGAUUAUCUUGCAAUGAUGCUGUGUCAGAAAGGCGUAAAAGCUGGCAGCAUAAACGGGUCGCGAAAGAAACGGACCAGGAAAUUCCUGCAUGGCUAGAUGAAAUAUGUAACCAGGACAGCUUCAGCCGUGCUGGCUUUGGUGCAAGUAGUGGCAGCUUUGGUGCAAAAGGGUUCGGAUCAACUUCCGGGUUUGGAGCAGGCGGCUUUGGAUCCAAAGGGUUCGGAGGAGCACCAUCUAGUAGUGGCUUCGGAGAAGGAGCAAAUGCGAACGAUCAGGAAUCUAAGGACCAACCCGAUGAUCAGGAACUCGGUUCCGCAUCUUUUGGAGAAGGAGGUUUCGGGCCGGAUAAGAAACCUGCUGA